AUGGAUACCAAAGAAGUACUAGAGGCCGUUAAAGGGCUUGAGAAGAACAAGAACAAUUCGGAAGUGGUCUUAAAGAUUCUACAGUCCCUAGAUAAAGACUUGAAGGAUGUAAACGAGAAACUUUUACGUGAGACAAAGGUGGGUGUUGUUGUGAAUCAAUUCAAGAAGUCCUCUAACCCAGAAAUCGUGAAGCUAGUAAAGAAGAUGAUUCUUUCGUGGAAAGAAGCUGUUGCACGUGAGAAGAAGAGUAGACUGAGCGGAGCUGGAGGAGCCGGAAGCGGUGCUUCGCCAUCCCCAGCAAAUGCACAGAAUAGCAAUGAGGCUGUGAAGAAGGAAAAGUAUGUUAGCAAGGCUCCAAGAAAUGCGAAGAACGAUGGGGUGAAAACGGAUGUUUACGGUGUUAAGAUUAGAGACAUGGCAGUUAAGGCUCUCUAUGAUGCAUUGGCGAAGGAAAGCGAACAUCCACCAGCUGCAAUUCUAGAUACAGUACUCAACAUUGAGAAGGAGAUGGUUGCGCUUUUCAACCCAGAAACUGACGAGAAAGGAUACCGUGAAAAGUACAGAGUUAUUUAUUCCAAUAUCAUUUCAAAGAACAAUCCCGAAUUAAAACACAGAAUCACCAAUGGAGAGAUAUCACCAAAGCAUUUGGUUAAUGCCGAUCCUAAAGAACUUGCACCGGAACAUCUAAAGAAGAAACUUGAGGAAAUUGAGAAGCAAAACUUGUUCAAUGCUCAAGGUGCAACACUAGAAAGGUCUGUCACUGAUAGAUUCCAGUGUGGUAAGUGUAAGCAAAGAAAGGUCUCGUACUACCAACUACAAACAAGAUCUGCGGAUGAACCUCUCACCACAUUCUGUACGUGUGAAGUUUGCGGUAACAGAUGGAAGUUCUCUUAG